GGCUCUGGAGCUUGCCAGGCUCUCCGGGGUCCGUGCGGGAGCGGGCGCCACGGCCGGGCGGCUCUCGGGCCUGGGAAGAACCGGAACGUCUCGCCCCCGCGUCGGUCUGCGGCUUUCCGGGAUCUGGACUACAUUUCCCAUCUGCCUCCGCGGCGCACCCUUCCACCCCCCCCCCCCCCCCCAGCGAGCGCCCCCUUUCCGCGUCCCGGCUCAUAGCCCCCAUCUGUGGACCACUUAGGUGGGUGUGAAAGGGACCUGACUUCCUGGAAAUGCUGGUGGAUGUUUUACAGUCAUUCUUACUCGUGCCCCCCCCCCUUUUUUUUUAAUUUGGGAUGGAGUCUUGUUUGAUAAGAUUCUCAAAGAAUUGCAAAACUUCAAAAGAUUUAACACCACUAGUUUAGAAGCGGAGACUGAAAUUUGAGAACAUUUUAGAUGAUCUUGUAAAAUAGUCCUUGUCCAACAGUGGGGAAACGGUUGGGUAAAUCAUGGGCCACUCUUGUAAUAAAAUAUUACAAAGCUAUUACAGAUAAUGCUAAAACAGUGGCCAUAAUAAAAAAAAAAAAACUCCUAUGAUAUGUUACCAAUUGUUUCAUGUACACAUUACUUAGAAUUAAAUAUUUGUAACAUGCAAGGCAUUGUUCUAAGUUCCUUUCGACAAUAGUACUCGUUUAAUGAUGAACUCACAAAGUGGUUAAAUGACAUGAUUCUUAAUACUUGGAUGUUUUUAUUCCAGUUGUUUUUGUAAGCCCAUGUGCCAGUAGGAGGGUGGGUUUGACCUCUUUUCCGGAAUGUUCUCAUGUUGUAUAAAGAGACUGCUUGUGAAUGUCUUUCCUUGUAAGUUAAUGUUGCCCCCCCAUCAGUUUUGAUAGUUAUUUGGUGUUCCAUCAUACGGCUGGGCCAAAAGUGAUUCAACUACUUGCCUACUUGUGGACUGCUAGAUACUAAUUUUUGUUCUGUUUUUCAGUAAAUACUGUGCACACAGCUUUGCUCGCUGCUAUGUCUCUGUACAGAGGCCUAUGUAUGUGAUGGUAAUGAUUUGCCCACUGCACCCACACCCCUUUUAUUAACUCAAGGCAAGGUCCACGAAGUGAUGUCCACUAGGCCUUAGGUAGGGCUGUAAGGUUCUUGGUGAAUUUGGAAGUUGGGUAAAGAGCCAGGGAGACCUCUGAAGGUGGGCAUGAGAGAGUUAGAUGGUCUGUUUCUGGGAAGGCUUCAUUGUGGGCUGGGCUGAUGCUGAUGAGGUAGGCUGUGCUCCCUGGUCUGAGAACAGUCUUUCUUGUCCUUGGGACACCAUGUGGCCUUAGUCACUGGACCAGGACUGAGCUCCCUGCCACAGAUUUGCAUCAGUAACAAGGUGUAAUUCUCUGGAUAUUUAGGAGAAAUCGGAGAGAAAGGGCCACUGGUUCCCUGUCACAUGGCAACAGCUAAUGCUGUGUUUCCUGGAGUUGGGUAAGGGCCACUGUGAUCCAAUUCCCAAUUCUUGUGGGGAGUGGGGCGUAAGAAGGCAGGGACUUGUAACCACGGCAUUCUGGGAGCUGUAAGGCAAGCUUGGCCUCUCAUGUUUGUUCUUUCCUCCCCCAGCUCUGCCACCUCAGGACUCUGCCCUUCCCCAAGAGAGGAACCAGGAGGAGGACCAGUCAGCCCAUGACAUUCUAAAAGUCAUGUCCCUUGAGUCAGACUUGUUCAGGGAUGUGGCCGUAGUCUUCUCCCAAGAAGAAUGGGAACGACUGGCACCUGCUCAGAGGGAUUUGUACAGAGACGUGAUGUUGGAGACGUACAGCAACCUGGUCUCACUGGGUCUCGCCAUCUCCAAACCUGAUGUGAUCUCCUUCCUGGAGCAAGGCAAGGAGCCCUGGUUGGUGGAGAAAGCAGCAGCAGGAGGCCUGUGUCCAGAAUUGGACUCCAGGUAUGAUACUAAGGUAUCCUCUCCAAAGCAGCAUAUUUAUGAGGUACAGUCACCACAGUGGGAGAUAAUGGAAAGCCUUGCAAGUUACGGUCUUGCGUGCUCAAGGUUCCAAGAUGAUUGGGAAUGCAGACAACAGGGAAGUUCAGAUGGACAUCUGAGUCCAGUGAUAGUCAAUGAUGAAGAAAUGUCUACUUUCAGCCAACAAGCACCAUCAUUUCCUUUUUAUCAGAAAAUUCAUACUGGACAAAAGCCCUAUGGAUAUGAUGACUGUAGAAAAGAUUUCUGGCAGGAAGACUUCCUUAUUAAUCAUCAAGGAAUUCAUACUAAUGAGAAACCCUAUAAAUGUAAGGAAUGUGGCAAGGCCUUUAAAUAUGGCUCACGAUUAAUACAACAUGAGAAUAUUCACUCUGGCAAGAAACCCUAUGAAUGUAGUGAAUGUGGAAAGGCUUUCAAUUCUGGUUCAAAUUUUAUACAACAUCAGAGAGUUCAUACUGGUGAGAAACCUUAUGAAUGUAAGGAUUGUGCAAAGGCCUUCAGUCGAAGCUCACAGCUGAUUGAACAUCAACGAAUUCAUACUGGUGAGAAACCCUAUCAAUGUAAGGACUGUGGCAAGGCCUUCAAUAGGAUCUCACAUCUUAAAGUACAUUAUAGAAUCCAUACUGGUGAAAAACCCUAUGCAUGCAGGGAAUGUGGGAAGACCUUUAGUCAUCGGUCUCAGUUGAUUCAACAUCAGACUGUUCAUACAGGCAAGAAACUCUAUGAAUGUAAGGAAUGCGGGAAGGCCUUUAAUCAAGGCUCAACUCUUAUUCGUCAUCAGAGAAUCCACACUGGUGAGAAACCCUAUGAAUGCAAGGCAUGUGGGAAGGCCUUUAGGGUGAGCUCACAACUUAAGCAACAUCAGAGAAUUCACACUGGAGAGAAACCCUACCAAUGUAGGGUAUGCAGUAGGGCUUUCAAACGGGUCUCACAUCUCACGGUACAUUAUAGAAUUCAUACGGGUGAGAAGCCAUAUGAAUGUAAGAAAUGUGGGAAGGCCUUCAGUCAUUGCUCACAACUGAUACAACAUCAGGUAAUUCAUACUGAGGAAAAGCCCUGUGAAUAUAAGGAAUGUGGGAGGACUAUACACCAUGAUUCAGCGACGGGUCAACAUCAGAGAAUGCACAAUAGAGAAACACAAGUGAAUAUAAUAAAUGUAGAAAAGCCUUCCAUCAGCACUUACCCCUUACUAAUCAUCAGAGAAUUUAUGUUAGCAAGCAACCAUAUAAAUGGAAGCAGUGGGGAGAGCCCAUUAGCUUAGGCAUCACAGCUUAGCCCUUAUACUUUGGAGAAAGACUUGAAGAGUGUAAUACGGAUGAGAAUGCCUUCAUUCAAGCCAUCCUUUAUCCUGAAUCAUAAGAUUUGUAAUGAGGAACAAAUUUAUGGAUAUAAAUUGUUUACUCCAUGAUUAUCAAAAAAGCAAGGGAAGGUUGGAAAAAGUUUUGCCUCUAACACAUUCUGGAAUCACAUUUUCUUUCUUUCUUUUCUGUCUUUUUUUUUUUUUUUUCCCAAGAGAGAGCGAGUGGG